AUGGGUGAGCUUUCCACUGUAAUCAUCUCAUCACCAAAAGCAGCUAGGGAGGUGUUGAUGACACAUGAUCUCAGUUUCGCACAAAGGCCUACCUUUCUUGCUGCUGACAUUUUCCCAAAUGCUCGUUCAGGUCUUUUUUCCUGUCCCUUUAACGAUUACUAUAAACAAAUAAGAAAAAUUUGUACCCAAGAACUCCUAGGUGCUCAGCGUGUCCAAUCCUUUUGGUCAGUAAGAGACGAGGAGGUAUCAAAUCUUACUGAAUCCAUUUCCUUGUCCCAGGGACUACCCUUUAAUCUCAGCAAGGGUUUAUUGUCUUUGGCAAAUAAUACAAUUUCUAGGACAGCCUUUGGUUCAGAAAAGAGCACAAGUCAAGAUGAAUUCAUACAAUUGGUCAAGGAGAUGAUGACGCUUAGUCAAGGCUUCAAUGUUCCCGAUUUGUUCCCUUCAGUUAAAUUUCUCAGUUUCUUCACUGGGAUGACACGUGCCUUGGAGAGAUUAUUCCGACAGAUUGACAAAAUUCUACAGGAUAUGAUCGACGAUCAUAAGAAGCAAAUGAUGCGCAAUGAUUUCCCACACAAGGAAGAUCUCAUUCAUGCGUUUCUAAAACUUCAGAAGUCCAGCGAGAUCCAAAUGGAUAUCACGACCUCGCAAAUUAAAGCUGUCAGUUUGGACCUCUAUAUUGGAGCGGGUGAGAGUACAGCAAUCACCUUAGAAUGGGCAAUAUCUGAGCUGCUAAAACACCCAAGAGUAAUGGAGAAGGCACAGGCUGAAGUGCAGCGAGUCCUGAGAGGAAAGUGGAAACUGGAAGAGACUGACAUCCAGAAGCUAGAUUACGUAAAAUCAGUCAUCAAAGAGACUUUAAGACUACAUCCCCCUGUGCCCUUACUCACAAGAGAGUGCAGGGAAAGAUGCAAAAUAGGUGAAUAUGACAUACCAGUUAAAAUGAAAGCUAUAGUGAAUGCGUGGGCAAUAGGAAGAGACCCAGAAUGUUGGAUCAAUGCCGAUAACUUCCAGCCGGAGAGGUUUCUUGGUUCUUCUAUUGAUUUUAAAGGAACCGACUUCGAGUAUAUUCCAUUCGGAGCUGGGAGGAGGAUAUGUCCUGGCCUACCAUUUGGUGCUGCAACUCUUGAGAUUGCACUUACGCAACUGCUGUACAACUUCGAUUUGGAACUUCCAAAUGGGAUGAAACCAGAAGAACUUGACAUGACCGAGGCUGAUGGUGCGACCAGCAGGAGAAGGAAUGAUUUGUAUGUGAUUGCCACCCGCCGUACUCCUUUUUUUAACUUGAGACGACAUAGCCAAGGCUUCUAUAAAAGUUUGACGGAGUUUCAAGUGAAUGUUCAUUAA